AUGAAGACCAGUUUUUCUGAAGCGUUGACUAGUCCGGAAGUUGAAAUAAUGGAAGGAGGAGCAAUAACAGAUGCGAAAACCCGUUUUACUGAUCUCAAGGCAAUGUUAGACAGCAACAAGGAUAAUUUGAAGAUGGAUGCAAUGAAGAGGAUAAUUAAUCUUGUUGCAAGGGGCAAAGAUGUAUCCGAAUUGUUUCCUGCAGUAGUCAAGAAUGUUGCAGCCAGAAAUUUGGAAGUAAGAUCAUAUUUGGCUAUCCUAUUGCAAAUUGCCCUGUUAAAAAAGCUUGUCUAUGUUUACUUGGUGCGUUAUGCGGAAGAACAGCAAGAUCUAGCACUAUUGUCAAUUAGUACAUUCCAACGAGCUUUAAAGGACCCUAAUCAGUUGAUUCGUGCUAGCGCCUUACGUGUGCUUUCUAGUAUUCGAGUUCCUAUGAUUGCUCCUGUAAUGCUACUAGCUAUUCGAGAAUCAGUACGGGAUAUGUCAGCAUACGUUCGUAAGGUUGCUGCUCAUGCGAUACCGAAGUUGUAUUCUCUCGACGAAAGUUUACAAGGAGAAUUAAUAGAAUGUAUUGAUUAUUUAUUAGGAGAUAAACGAACUCUUGUACUUGGCAGCGCUGUCUAUGCUUUUGAAAAGACUUGCCCAGAUAGGAUGGACCUGUUGCACGCGCAUUAUAGGUCACUUUGUAAGGCGUUGGCUGAUGUUGAUGAGUGGGGUCAAAUAGUAAUGAUUGGGUUGCUGACGCGAUAUGCUAGAUCACAAUUCGUGGCACCUACUCCUUCAGAAGGGGUGGAUCCAGAUUUAUCUUUAUUACUUUCAUCGUGUAGACCGCUACUGCAGAGUCGUAAUUGUGCUGUAGUUCUAGCUGUAGCUCAAUUGCUAUAUUAUUGUGCCCCAAAUUCCCUACAUCCGUCUAUAUCGAAAUCCUUGAUUCGAUUGUUACGAGGUCCGAGGGAAGUCCAGAACGUAGUUCUAAUGAAUAUAGCAACUAUUUGUUCAGUUAAUCCUGUAUGUGGCGUUCAAAUUAUAUCAGUUGUUUUUUUCAUUUCCACUACAAUGAGACGAUUUUCAGCGCAUAAUUUACAUUUGUUUUUAGGUUCUUUAAUGUUCCGUAUACUUGAAGGUAUAGCUUCAGGUCAAUUUUCACCGGGUAAUGAAACAAAAUUUACUGCUUUGUUUAAGGACUUGUUCGAGCCCUAUUUGAAAAGUUUUUUCGUUCGGCCUAACGAUCCGAAGCAGAUAAAAGUACUCAAACUUCAAGUUUUGACAUUAUUAAUAUCUUCAACUAAUGUUCAGCUUGUACUUCGUGAGCUCCAGACAUACGUUUCGAUGGAUGAAUUCGCAGAUGCAGCCGUCGAGGCAAUCGGGCAAUGCGCAUUAAGAGUUGGAACAGUUGCUGAUUCUUGUUUGUCUGGUUUAGUCAAUCUAAUUGCGUCUUCGAAUGAGAAUGUUGUUUCUGCUGCUGUUGUUGUGCUGAAAAGACUUUUACAUUCGGAUGCACCUUUGCCCUUGCUUACGCGUCUACUGCGUCUUAUUGAUUCAGUAAAAGCCCCUCAGGCACGUGCUUGUGUGCAAGUUUUUUUCUUUUUUUUGAAGAUGAAAAUGCUUGCUCCAGACCUGCUUCGAAUGAUUGCAAAAAAUUUCACGCACGAGAAAGAAGUUGUUAAGUUGCAAGUAGUAAAUUUGGCUGCAAAACUUUAUUUGACGGACAAGGAUAGUUGCGAAUUGCUGGUUCAUUAUGUAUUACAGUUGGCUAGAUAUGAUCAAAGUUAUGAUGUUAGAGAUCGUUGCCGGUUUAUUCGCAACCUCCUUUUUGGUAACAGCAAACUGUCUGCACAUGCUUUAGAUAUAUUUAUGACUGCAAAACCUUCUCCAGUUAUGCAGAGCUCUUUCAAAGAUCGGGAGCAGUUCCAGCUAGGAACAUUAUCACAUUUUCUGAACCAGAGGUGUAAUCGUUACAAAGACUUGCCAGCUUUUCCCGAAGUCGCACCUGAUCCGUCCCUUAGAAGGAGUUCUUCAAAAACGUUAGACGUCAUAACCGACGAACAACUUCUGCAUGGUGACGUGAAACCAGAUGAAGAUUUUUAUUUUGAUGAGGAGGAAAAUGAUGAAAAAGAGGAUACAGAAGAGGAAAGCGAAGCUGACGAAGAUGAGGAUGAGGACGAGGAUGAAAGCGAAAGUGGUGAAGAGGCAGAUGAAAAUGAAGAGGAGGAAGACGAGACCAAGUCUGAUGAAGAGCAGCCAAAGGCAAUCGUUCAGGAAAAUAGUACGGGAGCGUGUGGAGGAGGAGAAACGGGUCUUCUGUCAGGUUCAGCAAAUUUGGACUUAUUACUGGAUUUGAACUUUGAAACUAUUCCUUCCGCUGCCUCAGCAUAUACCACGACGUCUGCUAAGUAUGUCGACGAAGAUUACAAGUUGUUGCUCAGUCAUGCAACGUGGACACUUGGCGUUGCUGUAGAAUUCCGUUUCUUACGUGAACCCUCUACACUUUCAUCGUCGAUGACGACUGUUAUGCUGCGAUUUACUAAUCUCUCCGAAGUUUCUUCCCCAGAAAUAUCUGUGGAACCUAAAGAGAUGAGUGGUGUUGGAACGAGUAAGAAGUUUUCAGUUAGCGUUUUAUCACCCAAACAGUCUUGCUUGGAGCGAAUACAUAUUGAUUUUGGAGAUAGCAAAAAAGUCUCGGAGUGGUCGCUGGAAUCUUGCAAUGAUAAUAAGUUGAGAAAUUCGUUUAAAUUAGAGGCACCGAUGGGAGAGCAGUUAGAACCAAUAUUGCUAUCCGAGGCAAAAUUUGUGAAUUUAGCUGCUGGUUUGAGUGGUAUGAGUGAAUAUAGCGCGAAGUUGGGGAGGAGGUUGGAGGCAAAUGAUUUGUAUCAAGUCGCCAAUUGUGCACCGGUAGAGCGAUCUCAGGUUUAUUUUUGCGCUCAAACGCGCUCGAAGAAGCAAGUAGUCUUGAUCAUACUUCACGAGAAACAGGUUACUGUGCACAGUGAAAAUAUCGUACUGGGCUCCAUACUCUGUACCGAUAUAUCAAGCUUUUCCGAUUAG